AUGCCAGCACGCAUCGCUUCGAAUCCCCCGGACGCGAUGGACACCAGCGACGACGCCGUCUCCGUCGCGCACAACGACGACGCGUCAACCACCAACAAGAACGGCGCGUCCGCGGCCGCAGCGCCAGACACAGGCAGCCGCAGGCGCUCCACAAGAGUGGUCAAGAAGCCCACGCUGCUGGCUACGCAGCAGGCUGCGGAGCGGCCGAAGCGGAAGCGGCCCGUCAGGGAGGAGUCCUCGUCGGAAGAUGAGGGCGAAGACGACAGUGGGGAUGAGGGCGAGGGCCAGGAGAAGGACGACGACGAGGAGGAGGCGGUGGAGGAGGAGGAAGAAGUAGUAGUAGCGGAGAAGGAGAAGGCAAAGCCGAAGUCGAAGGCGAAAGCGAAAGCGAAGCCGAAGCCGAAACCGAAAGAGCCGGAACCCGAGAAGGAGGCUAGUGGGGCUGAAGAAGAUGAAGAAGCUGAAGAUGAGGACGAAGAGGAGGAGGACGAUGACGAGGAGAGCAGCAGCGAGGAGGAGUCCUCGGAGGGGGAGCCGGAUGAAGAGGAGAUCAAGGAGAGGCGGAAGAAGAAUGCUGCUGCCCGCGCACGGAAGGGGCAGACACGGGCUGCGGAGUCCGGGGCGAAGAAGCCGCCCGCGAAGAAGACCAGGACUGCUACGGGCGCUGUGGCCGCGACGCCCGUGAAGCGGUCGAACGGGCGGAAGAGGAGCGGGGGGAGGUCGAAGGGUAAAGGAAAAGCUAGAGUUGCCAAUGGGGAUGGGGAGGAGGGUGAAGAGGGCGAGGCGGGAGAGGUCGAGCACAAUGCUCUGUUUGACUCUGUGUUUAACGGCGACGAAGAUCAUGAUGAUGUCGCGCAGUCAUGGACCGUGAAAUACGAGGGCGACAACACAGAGGCAAUGAAAGACAUGGUCAAUUUGAUCCUCAAGUGCUGUGGCUGCGAAAAAACCGUCACAAACUACGACAUUGAAGACCAAGACUCAGCAGCCGAGACCUUAUCCCAGAUCCAAGAAGCCUUCCAGCGGCAGAGACACGCCGACUACCCCCUGACCUCAAAGAAGCCCGAGUUCCGUCGGUUCCGCCAAAACCUCUCGUCAUUCCUCCACUCGCUCAUGUCCACAUUUGCCGCGCGCGAUAUCCUGUACACCGACCCCGCGCUCAUCGAGAACUUCCAGGUCUGGAUCGCGGCCAUGUCCUCGUCCACGCUGCGACAGUUCCGCCACACGAGCACCGUUUUCGCCCUCGACAUUGUGUCCAGCCUCGCCACGAUAGCCGCGGAGGCCAGGAAGGCGAACAGCACCACAAACCGCCAGUUCGAGGCCGAGGGAAAGAAGGGGAAGCGCAACGAAGGCAGGAUCACAGCGCUGGAAACCAAGCUAAAGGAGGGCGAAGAGCGAAGAGAAGUCACAGAAAACAUAAUCAAGGACAUCUUCGACACCGUGUUCGUCCAUCGAUACCGUGACAUCGACCCCAAGAUCCGCUCCGACUGUGUCCGCGAGCUCGGAUCGUGGAUUCUCACUCUGCCGGACGUCUUCUUCGAUGGGUCCUAUCUCCGUUACCUGGGCUGGGUGCUCUCGGACACCGUUCCAGGAACCCGUCUAGAGGUCGUCAAGGCGCUCACAAAGCUCUUCAAAAAAAAGGACUCCGUAUCCGGCCUCCGCCACUUUACCGAACGCUUCCGGCCCCGUCUCGUCGAGAUGGCAACCCGUGACGCCGACGCUAGCGUCCGCGCUGCCACUGUCGAGCUCCUCGAUGUGGUCCGCGAAGUCGGGUAUCUUGAACCUGCAGACAUCGACACCGUUGGCCGCCUCCUCUUCGAUUCUGAGCCGAAGGUGCGUCGCGCAGUCGUCGGUUUCUUUGUCGAGAACAUUGGCGAUCUGUACGAAGAGAAGCUCGAAGAGCUCGGCGGCGAAGACGCUGUCCUCGAAGCUCUCGGCGACGACUCGGACGAGAACUUUGAGGGCCCCACGCUGUCGUGGAUCAAGCUGAAGUGUCUUGUCGAGGUGCUUGCAAACUACGAUCUUGAAGACGGGGCUGCGGAUGAAGACGCGGACGCGGCUGCGCAGGGCAUUGAGAAGAGUGCGCUCAAGAUUGGGGAUGCGGAGAGUAGGUUUUCGCUUGCGGGGAGUGUUCUCUGGGAGGCCUUUGACGAGGUUGGCGAUUGGGAGGGAGUGGCGAAGUAUCUCUUGUAUGACCACAGCGAGGGCGCGCGGGUCGAGGAAGGGAGCGACGAGGAAGAUCUCGAGAAGAAGAUCAAGGCGAUGGUCGCGCUCGAGGCGAGAGAAGAGGCCAUAUUACUGCAGCUCCUCAAUGCCAGCGUCGCCGCCAACAUCGCCGAGGGAGGCGAGGGCGGGAAGAAGAGGGGCGCCGCCAAACGCACUGCAAAGGAAAUCGAAAAGCACACCGAGACAGUGUCUCGCAACCUCAUGAUGCUCAUUCCCCCGCUCCUCAAGAAGUUUGGGCCAGUCCCAGACGCGGCGUCUUCGGAGCUCCGACAGUCAACUGCCUACGCAUCACUGCUUGACGACAUCAACCGCCAGUUCCUGACUCACGCGGAUGAGUCCGUCCUCAAAGAAGCCUCUGCGGCCCUCCUGCACGCAAAGACAUUCGAGGAGCUCGACGAAGUGACGGACCAAAAAGUCGGCCAGCUGAAAGACGAGACCGUCACUGCGCUGGUUAACGCAGUCCGCGGCAAGGACCUCGGCAAGGGCAAGUUCAGCGACGCCAGCUUGACAGAGCUGAUCAACACGGUGCGAAGACUCGAGUACAUCGCGUCCAUCACCAACUGCGUGGAGAUCAUGGAGACGCCGCCCGCGACGUCCGCAAAGGGCAAAUCCAAGACCGCAGACCUCAAGCCGAUCGAGGUGCUGAUGGCGCUUCUCCAGCGCGGCGGCAGCGUCGACGAGCUGGAGGAGGAGCUGAUCAUCCGCACCAUGAAGACGCUCGAGUACUACUUCAUGUGGAAGGUCAGUUCCAUCAACGAGAUCGAGGACCUCGCAGACCUGGACAUCGACGACCUCAUGGCCCGCCGCAACGGGAUCAUGGAGCGUAUCGGCGGCAUCAUCAAGAACCGCGGCAAGGUGGACCCUGUCAAGAUCACGGCCGCAACAACAAUAAUGGGCCUCGCAACGCUCUUCAUCGCCGCCGCCGCCAGGAACAAGAAGAAGAAGCCCGCCGCAGAAGGCGAAGACGGCGUCGUCGGCGACGCAGCCGAGGAAAUCGCCGUGAAGCUCUCAGCGCUGGGCCGGAAGCUCGACUCGACGCUGGAGGAGGAGAUGCUGAAGGUGUUUGACGCGCUCGAGAAGACGUUCGCAAAGUCGUCCGGCAGGGCGCUUGAGCCCGACGAACACGCUGCCCCUGAAGACGUGGACGACGCGGACACGGAGGCCGACGAUGCUGAAAAGAGCGAGGCCGACGAGAGCGCCGUGCUGUUGCAUGAGCAGCGGCUCUGCGAGUUUACGGGGAAGCUUGUUCUCGCCGUGCUUGCGGGCGCCGUCGACGAGAAGGUGUUCAAGAAGCGGCUCGACAGGAAUGUAAGCAAGCUGGGGCCGAACUACCGCGAGAUUGUUGCGCACCUGAAUAUUGGCGAGGAGGAGGUGAAGAAGGUGCCCGGGAAGCGCGGGCGGAAGCCGCGGCCGUAUCCGGGCGAGAUUAUCAAUUACAGCGAGGACGAGGAGGAGGGUGAGGGUGAGCAUGAGGAGGGGGGCGAGGAGCAUGCUGAAGCUGAGGCUGAGGCGGGGGCGGAGGCGAAGGGUGAGGGCGAUAAGAAGAAGAAGGACCAAGCUGAUGAGGAGGAGGAAGACGAGGAGGAGGAGGAGGAGGAACAUCAUGAUGAGAAUGCCGAACCCGAGGACGAGGAGAAGGAGCCGGAGGUUGAGAGCGAUAAUGAGUCGGAGCCGGAUCCAGAGGUCGAGGUGCCCCCGGAUGAAGAUGAGGAAAUGGCUGAUGUGUAA